AUACAAACCCUGUAAAGUGCAGGAACAAAAAGUGUCAUAAUGGCUGAGGAAGUAUUGUUGUUUGGUGCGUGGGGAAGCCAUUAUUGUCGCAGAGUAGAGAUGGCUCUGAAACUGAAAGGAAUCGAGUACAAAUACAUUGAAGAUGAUAUAACCAACAAGAGCCCUUCCCUCCUCAAAUACAACCCAGUUCACAAGAUGAUUCCCGUGCUCGUAUACAAUGGAACGCCUAUGGCUGAGUCACUUGUUAAUCUCGAAUACAUUGAUGAGACCUGGAAAGACCAUCCCAUCUUGCCCAAACAUCCUUAUGAGAGAGCCAAUGCACGGUUCUGGGCCAAGUUCAUAGAUGAGAAGGAUGAUGACCGUGCAUGCAAGUUCUUCAAGUGGUUAGACACCAGCAUUUGUUGUACGCGUGGUGCAGCAACAGCACCUAUUGUUAUCGCCAAAUUCAAGCAAUUGGAGCAUGUGGUGGAAGUUGCUAAUGAAGAGUCGAAGCAAGCACACGCCCUGACAACCGCAGCAUUGGAAAGGGAGCAAGUUGCAAAACGAAAGGCUAAAAGAGCCAAGGCUACACGCAUGAUUUCUAAAGAGAAAGCAAAGAAAUUGACAAUAGCUCUAGUAGUAUCCUGGGUCAUGUUUCUAAAAUUGCUUAUCUUCUCUACUAGGUUUGGGGAAGUCAAAAUCAGGCAUAUGUGUUUGCCAUAAUGGGAUGUGUAUGUAUGUAAUAAUACAGACUUGUAUUAUUACAUUUGUUUUGUAUGUUAAUCGUACUAUAGCAAGUAACAGUUUAUGAUAUGUAUGUAGUUGUACUUCUUAAAACAAUGUGGAGACGUUUGAAUUUGCUCUAUGAUGUUAAUGGCCAAGUUGAUGGAGAUUGUAA